CAGCGACAUAUAGGAGCAAUGUGGGUUAAGUACCUUGCUCAAGGACACAUUGACAGAUUUGUCACCCAGUCGGUUUGGGUUUGUUUACUUUUCAGUUACUGGCCCAACAUCUUUCUCCAUUAGUUUUUUUCUUUGUCUGACUUUCACCACACUUUUUAUUUAAAUGUUGUUGUUGUUUUUUAUAUAUUAAAACAUACAAUCUACCUGCAGUGAAGUUGCUCAACAUUUACAUUACAUUGUCAUCUAACAGACUCCCAUCCAGAGCAACCCACAGAAGCAACCAGGAUCAACGCCCUGCCCAGGAGCAUGUCGACAGGUCUCCCACCAGGUCAAAACGGGGACCCAAACCAGUGACCUAUUGGCCACUGGCCCAAGCUCCCAACUGCCAGGCCACCAACCUUCCAAGAUCGCCUCACACUCCUGCCGAAAAAUCAUAAUCUUGAAUCUUGCAUCGUUUUAUAUAUCAACUCAUACACACUGUGCCAUGGCAUCGGUACACCAAAAAUCUGUUCCCAGCUAAUCUGUAUAGCACAGCAGUCAACAUCCUGGACCUCAAAUGAAACUGGUAUACUUUCCUAUUUAUGGUAUUUGUAUUCCUCCAACAGUUUUGAUCAUUUAUAUUGGGCAGACAGACCAGUUCGCCACAUCGUCACGCUGCCACCUGUCUUUUAUCAACCAGCACAUUUGAGUUCUACCAUAAUAUUUGUUGUAAUAUUUGUUAUAUAUUUUCAGGGGGAUGACAUUGGAAUUAUAACUAGCUCUGCACCACACUUCUUAGAUAAAGUCCAAAUAACGUUAUGGGACACUUAAUAGUGACUUGUUUUACUGUACAAAAUGCUAAAUAAAUAGAAUAGGGAAGAAAAUAAGCACUGACCAACCCCCACGCCUCGAUCCAAAGGUUUGCUAUGACAUCAAACCACAAUGCACCGCACUGUUUGCAGUUUACCCGCCUUUUCCAUGGUAAUAUGAAUGGUACGUCCCCUUAUUCAAAUAAAAUACUGGAAAAACGUCAUUUCUGUCCAAUCUCCGCGCUCUGAAGUGACACAAUGGAACCUACGAGGAUAGAAAAGAUGGAGGCAGCGCGCGAGCGCACGCAUAGAAACUUCUACCUCUCUAGCUGGAGGCUGGUCAUCUAUUGUUUCUUAUUAAUUGUUUCUUAUUAAGGAAAAACAAAAAAAGGACAUAAUUAAUGAAGGAAAAUACGUUCAAUACACUGAACGUGGACAAGGGUAGGAAAACUUUAAACGCGUAUUUGAUUUGAUUGUGCGCAAAUUACGCAUCGUUUUCUCUUCAACAACUGAGCUGUUAUGGGAACCCCUCUUUCUGUUGUGAGGGUGUGCUGAAUUUUUACAGCUGCUGUCAUCUUAAGAAUUAUUAUAAAUUUUUUAAUAUGAUGAAGAAGGACAUGAUUUUAAACCUGGCAACUUCCACAAAUUUAAAGCCCAAUCUCCGCGACACCGAGAGCAUCCUCAUCUCCCCGGACCUUGGCCUGCUGAAACUGGCCUCCCCGGAGCUAGAGAGACUCAUCAUUCAGUCCAACGGAAUGGUCACAACAACAUCGACCUCUCAGUUCCUCUACCCCAAGUCCGUAACCGACGAACAGGAGUUUGCAGAGGGAUUCGUCAAGGCUCUCGAGGAUUUACACAAACAGAACCAGCUGAACGGCGGAACGUGCGCUCAAACGAACAGUAUGGACUUAAGCACCAACGUUGCUCCUGUCACCAUACACCUGGACCUACCCGUCUAUACGAACUUGAACAGUUACGGCAAUGGGCCUUUGGGCACCACUGUCAAUUACUCCACAGACACUGUCCCCUUCCCACCACCUCCCUCUCAUCAUUUAGGCUCCACACAACAGGAAGCGCAUUCCCGGCUGCAAUCCUUGAAGGAUGAGCCGCAGACAGUCCCUGACGUGCACAGCUUCGGCGACAGUCCGCCACUGUCGCCUAUCAACAUGGACACGCAGGAGCGCAUUAAAGCCGAGAGGAAAAAGCUGCGGAAUAGAAUUGCUGCGUCCAAGUGUAGAAAGAGGAAACUGGAGAGGAUAUCCAGACUCGAGGACAAAGUUAAGAACCUAAAAACUCAAAACACUGACCUAGCCUCAACGGCAAAUGUACUCCGGGAACAAGUGGCUCAGCUAAAACAAAAGGUUUUGAAUCAUGUGAACAGCGGAUGCCAGUUAUCACCACAUCAAGUUCAAGUGUACUAGUAGCAGGAUGACAUUUGUCAACCAGCAUAAAUAAGCUCAUUAACCUUUUUUUGUUGGCUCUCAAAUAUUUCCACUAUGUGCAUGGAGCCAACGACGUUACAGACUGAAAGGACUUCACUAAUGUACGUUUUUGUGUACUGUUUACACAUUAUUUCUCAUGGGUGUACUUUACAUAGACAGUCCCAAGACUUGACCAAACCAGCAUACCGUCAUUGUAUUACUAUAUCAUAGCCUUAUACUGAAAGUAAAAAGCAUUUGCAUGUUUAUUGACAAACUCGAAUGUUACCUAACAGGGUUGGGCACAUGCCAUUUCUUAUGCAUUUUAACGUUUUUAAACAAGCAUUUAUGAACAGAUUACAUGUACAUUUAUAUUCAAUGCUCCACAGUGUCUUAUUUCAGUGUUUUCUUAUAUUAAUGUGAAGCUGUCAUCUUUUGUUGCACUGAAUAGUUUAUUUCACAUUCCUAUUUUUACUUGGAUUCUGAUAUCAAAUAAACUUAGCUUGAUAAUACUAGUCGCAUGUUUUGCUGUCUGUUGUGUUAAUUUUCUGAUAAAUUUUGAUGCAACAACAACAGAGCAAGAUCCUGUACCCAAUGUCUCCACUGUAGGCCUUUAUACCAGUUGCGUUUGCACAAUAGACUAAAUUAAUGGGUGGGGCACAGUAAGAUAUUGCUCAAUACAUAUUUGGGAAUUCCAAUAAGUUAUAACUUGUGUCCAACCCAACAUUAAAAUCCAAUGAUGUACCUACAUUUGUAGCUUAUUCAAAUCAUAUAUGAUUUCAGAAUAAAAACAUGUUUUUUUUGUACAACAGUUUGUUUAUGGAGUUGCACAACACAUACAGUACCAGUCAAUAGUUUGGACACACAUUUUUCUUUAUUUUUACUAUUUUCUACAAUGUAGAAUAAUAGUGAAGACAUCAUAACUAUGACAUAACACAUGUAGUAACUAAAAAAAGUGUUAAAUCAAAAUAUCUUUUAUAUUUGAGAUUCUUGCCACCCUUUGCCUUGAUGCCAGCUUUGCUUACUUGGCAUUCUCUCAACCAGCUUCAUGAAGUAGUCACCUGGAAUGCAUUUCAAUUUACAGGUGUCCCUUGUAAAAAUAAAAUUGUGGAAUUGA